CUGUACAGUCAGUGUUCGUACAACAACAAGAACAGAAGGAGCAGCAGCCUCACUGUUCAACUGGACGUGUUGUCCUCUCUUCAAGUCUGUCUGCAAAGACACUUUCUCAUCAGAGUUCAUUCAAACAAGGACUGUUUGGUUUUAUCCAGCUGCGAGAUGUUUGCCACAGCUGCUCGAAACUUUGUGGAGGAGGUGGAUCAUGGAGGCUCGCUGAUCCCGGUGUCCUCCCUGAAUGACACUAUUAAUCUUCUGACAGUUGUGGUGAAGCGCAAGCGUUUCUGGAUGUGGCAGAGGCCCAAGUAUAUCCCCACGGAUUUUAACCUCAAUGAUCUGCUUACAGAAGGCACACCUAUAACGCCUGUUGGCAUAGAGACAGACUUCAUCAAAUACAACGGGACAUUUGGUGACAACAUUCAGGGAUCCUUGGAUGCAAACAUUUUGGAUGGCCACAGUUUGAAACUGGAGGGUAAAGACUCUUCAAAACUCCAGUCAUCCUUUGGCAGCUUGAAGAAAGAGGAAGUGGACGUUCAGAAACUGCUGCGAGACUCCAGAGGCAGGCUCUUGGACAUGUCCCAUAGUCUGGUACAUCAGACGAUGGAGAAGCGCAGGCAGGUGUUUGGAGUUGUAAAGGAGCGUAUUUCCACCACCCAGCCUUGCUCGGUCAUAGAGGAGGUGCAGCAGGCGGGGCAAUGUGGAGGAGGACUGAGCUUCUGUGGGCCCAAGAGCCCAAAGGUUUCAUUGAAGGAGAAUGGGAGCUUGAGUAAAGACAGUAACAUUACCAUGGAGAUUCCCAUCCAUACCACCAUCGCCUAUGCCCAAAUAGAGCUAGAAAUCAGACAGGAUGGACACUUUGAGCUGUGUCUGAUGUCGGACACCAAAGGAGGUUUUGAAGUGGAUGGCCCUGCUGGAGGAGCACAGUUGCUUGGUUCAGAAGUUCCUUUGAGCCCGUCGGAAAAUAACCACCUUAGAGAAGAGCUGGAGCGACUGAGAGAUCAUUUCAGCCUUCUAUCUGCUCUCCCGGCCGUCACAAGGUCCUCUCUGCUCCAGCACUUACUUAAAGUCAUGGAACACAAAGAGGCUGUCAGUUCACUUCAGCAUGUGCUGGAACAGAAGUGCAAGGAUGAGAGACCUGCCCUGGAUGAGACUACAGCCUCAGAAUCUUAUAACCAGAACAUCCAAGCAAUCUUGGACCUUUUGGAGCAGCCAGAGUCAGCUCAGGCAAACCCAUCCACAUCUGUCCUCAGUGCCCUUCACCUCAUUACCAGCGCCAUUGAUGAGAUGUCACUUGAAUGCCAUGCUAUCUUGGGGAUGUGCUGCAGUGUCACAUGGUUACCGGCUCUGGAGCGACUGGUACACUGUGUAUCAGGGAAUGGAGAGUUACCUUUGAGCAACGCAGAUGCAGCUGCACUAACAGACGACAUCUAUGCAAAGACUAGUUAUCUAUUUGCCUCUUCUAACAUUUCCCUGAAGAGAGAUGGGGACAAGAUGAAGACAGAAAUACACCAACAGCCAGGACACCGCCCUCUGGUUCUGUGUAUUGCUAUUAAAGGUCUUGCGUCGUUGGCCAAGGAAGCUUGAACUUAAGAUUCAAUUUUUCCACCAAAAAUGGUACUACAUUGGAAAGAGGUAAAAGUCUUUUAUCAGUGUUUUGACUCAUUUUAAUAAACUAUGAAGUUCUCUAAAAACCCAUCUCUGUGCUGGUGCUGAAGUCAUCAGUAGAUUGAUUUCUUUUAGGGUUUGAAAUUUGGACUGUUUCUUAAUCAAAAUAAAUAUUUUAAAGACAUCAUCUCAGGCUCUCGGGGGGGGGGGGGGGGGAGUUUUCACUGACAUAAUGUCCUUUUUAAGUAAAAUUGUUUGUUUUAACUGUAAAAUAAUACAUUUUGAAUUUAGAGUUUUUUUUACCCUACUAAUGUUCCUUUUAGCCAAUCAAAGAUUGUUCACAUUAAGUUUAAACUAUUAAAAAUAGAUUCUUUUCAAACAAUGUUGAGCUGCCUCAAUAGAUUGGCCAUCAACUACAAAAAUAAUUACAUUAUUAUGAUCAUUUAUUCAGCUUGAGUAAUUUAAGAAAAAUUGUGGACUAAAUAAGAUACUCAGUGACUUUAUCUUGGGGUUUGAGAAACCUUAAUCAAUAUUUUUUUAUCUUUAUGUCAAAAAAUCACAUUUAAAAAUUAAUAGAAUAAUGAAGGGAUUCACCCAGAAUUAAAUAAGCAAAUUGGACUUGAAGUUUUAACGGGUAUCUACAGGUGGCAUCAGCAAUGACAUUUCUUGUCUAGAAAUAAAUGAAACAGGCACCUGGUUCUGAUCGCUCUAUUAAAGGUGAUGCCAAAGAAGGAAAUGUUACGGGUGACGACUACCUUGCAUAUUGUUUUUCCUUGUUUUGCAUAUUUGCAUUUUCAUUUCAGUAUGAUUUUUAAAUAAUCAUCUUUAAAAACAAACAAAUAGUAAUUAAAUAUAAUAAUAACAAUCCAACUCUCAAGCUGUGCGAUAUCUUGUGUUUUCAAUCUUUUUAAAUAAAAAUGUUGGUCUUUAAUAACUAAGCUUUUUUUUUGUUUUACAAAAUAGUCAAUGGUUUGGAAGUCUUACAAAACCAUAGUACCUAUAAAGAAAUUGAUCUGUGAAGAGUUCCAACAACAAACCUCAAUGUGAAAAACUUUUAUGUAUUAAUGCCAUUUGAUAUUAAAGUUUGGAGGGGUCUUUAAUUGUU